AUGCCUCCUAAUAUGCAGAAAAGAAUUUUGAACGAAAUUGCAGAUGUCAAUGACGACAAUACAGCCCCUUUACACGUUUAUGUUCCAGAUGAUGGCAAUAUAUACAAUCUCCUUGGCUCCAUUGUAGGGCCUCGUGAUACCCCAUAUCAAGACGGAAUUUUCCUGUUAGAAAUCAAAUUGCACGAAAACCAUCCUUUCGCUCCACCAAGCAUCAAAUUUAUUACCAAAGUAUAUCACCCUAAUGUCAGCUCUCAGACAGGUGCCAUUUGUCUGGAUGUGUUGAAGAGCAACUGGUCUCCUGCCAUGACUUUGCGAAUCACACUGAUGUCGAUUCAAGCUUUAUUAGACGCUCCCGAUGCUAGCUCACCACAGGAUUUUCAGGUGGCCAAGGUGUAUACAUCUGAUAAACAAGCUUUCAUUGAGGAGGCCAAGUUAUGGACACGAACCUACGCUGAUAUUCCUCUAGAUACCUACGUUCAUUCGCUGUAUGAUUAA